AUGGUGUUUGAACCCAGCCCCUACCAAGAUCGCAGAACAUGGAAAAUGACCCCGGCUAUGCUCAGAGCUAGGAGACCUUACUUUAAACAGAAUAUGCUAGGUUUGUGUCUCCUACUAGGUCUAAGUGGCGGCAUAUAUACUUAUACCUAUAAAAUCUUACACAAAGAUGAUGAUUUUGCAGACGUGCCUAUCCCACCUGUUGAUGAGAAAGAAUUGAAAGAGUUAAAGAGGGAGUAUGCGCUCGAGAAGGCAAGAAGGGCAGCAGAAGGGAGCAGCAGUUAG